GCUAGCCAAUGAUGUACUGUGUGUGUAUUGUAUAGACACGAAAUAUUGUGUUGCAUAGAGGAAAAAAAUUUCUCUGUAUGAAAUAAUUACAAGAUGUAAAAUAUACCAGCAGCACCAAUCUAUCUGACACCCGACACAUGUGCUAGUGAUUUAUGAAGUAGUAAAUACCUAAUUGUGAGCUUUUGGCGAGUAGAGCAACAAUAUUUAUGCCGAGGAACAAGUAUUGGUAAAGUGAACUGGGCAUCUGGUAAUUCGUCGUAAGAUGUAUGAGAAUUCGGAGUGAUUCCACUUUUGGUGCCCAGUGUCCGCAGAAUGCGACAUUUCGAUAAACUGGAAAUCCGAGGAAGCGAGGGAAAUCUAUAUCGUAUGACACGAUGAGUUUAAAUCAUAGAGAUCCCGCAAGUUCGGACGUUUACAUUGGUAAUACGUAAUGAAACUGCUGUGAUCGCGUUUGUGUGAAGUCUAAUCGACAGGGUCGGGGUACGAGUUGACCUGGCAUCGGUUGGAGAGAGAGAGAGCGAUCUUUUUUGGUCGCUGGGGAAAUAUUUGGGGGUGAGGUGAAGGAAAACAGAAACAAUAAUUUUAAUUUCGCGACAGUGAAGAUUUAUACAAAAAUAAGUCAAUCAAAAAAGGUGAUUGAGGAGCUUAUUGCAUGGGGACAUUUUUGCUGUAAACUUUGUAGAAGUUUGAAUAUACCGCGGGAUACAUUUUUCGGAGUUUGAUAUAUCGGAUUUUUGAAGGCAGAAGAAUGGCAUAAUGUCUAGUCUGCCACUUUACAAUGUCCAGGCCAGGUUUAAAUUUUACGUUAAUGAAGAGAGCCUCAUUAGAGAAUGGAAAUCAUCAGCAAAAUCGAACACCCAUCUUACGACUUUCCUUGAAGGAAUCCUGCUAAAAAGCCUUGAGAAAAAUGCUCAGUUCUCCUAUGUGGAUUACUCCGUUUUCUUCAGUGGGAUUAAGGACUUCAAGCGACACACCGAACAGAAGAAUCACGUGCACAUGGACGUGCUGCGCGUGCAUAACCACAAAUUCUCAAUAGAUGUACUGGGCAGCAGAAUUAUUCAACCAGAAUUUUACGAUGAAAAAGAAUGCAUCGUAAGGGACGGAGUGAAACAGCUACCUCGCACCCCGGUCAGCAAGGACAGCGUGUAUUAUCUGACGUCAUUCCACGCGCUGGAGCGGACUCCGUCAAUGGAGGAGAUGUGGAGUACGUGGAGUGGCGCGAAGUUCGUUUUGUGGAACUGUCCCAGAAUCCUAAAACUUCGAAGAAUUACUUUUCUCAAAGCAACGACGCGAUCGGAAAAUUUCGCGUAUCUAAUUCUUUGUGAAUGCGAAAAUGGCAUGGAACACUUAAAUGUUGCCAUGGAUUUCUAUGAAACUCUGAAAACCCGUCGAUGUGGUUUAGUUGGCCUGUAUAAAGUCGAACGAUACUACAUUCCACCCCACCAUAAAUCUGAUAAAUAGAAUAUCACGAAUAGAUGACAUUUUUAAUUGAUACAUGUAUUAGAUAGCUCUUUGUGUUAGCUCAGUGGCGGAUCUAAAGGGGGAUUACUAGGGGUUUCAAUCCCCGCCUUAAUUGAAUUUUAGGGGUCUGUACCCUCCCCCCCCCCCCCUUGUCUAUUGGGGCGGAUAAAAUACCAUCUUUGGUUACAAUCCCUCCCUUUGAAAAUUUCUGGAUCCGCCUCUGUAGCUUAUCCCUCGACAUAUGUGUACCGACAUGUAUUGGCAAUAAUACAUAAAUCGUGACCUAAAGCUGUUGAUAUUAUCAUUCAAACUGAUUUUGUUAUCUGCAUUGUUAAUGUUAGUCGUGAGUCCUCGGCAUUUGCCGUUGUCAUAUCAAACUUGUAAAAUAUGUGUUAACAAGGUUGUAAUUUUUUUUACAAUGAUAUUUAUACUUGUUUCAUCAUCAAUGCUCUUUCAGUAUACAUGUAUGUAAUGUAUAUAUGGAUUCUAUUUCCAUAUAACCUUUUAAAAUUUUGUAAUAAAUAUUCAAAUUUC